GCCUCGGGCAGCGCUGGGGCCGCUUCAGCGUGACCUCCAAGGCCACUGGCCCGGAGUUCCACUGGCUGCUGGUCCUCCAUCUGUGGGGCGCCCCGGCGGCUGAGGCGUGAACCGGGCAGUGCAUCUCCAGUAGCACCCACAGCUGCGCGGCUGCGAAAUGAUCCAGCGACACAUCCCUGUCUGCGGGAGGAGCCGUCCAUACCAGCGGGGAUGUGUAGUCCAGGCGGGCGGUGGUGUUCAGGAUCAUCCAGAGUCAUUUUAAGAUCAUCUGCGGCUUAGCCCCAGCACCAUCUGAGGCAGUACUGUCUGCUAGAAAUACCUGUGAGCACACAGUCGGCCUUGCUGAGGAUGGAGCCCGCCCCGGGCCUCGUGGAGCAGCCCAAGUGCUUGGAGGCCGGGAGCCCGGAGCCUGAGCCGGCGCCGUGGCAGGCCCUCCCUGUCCUGUCCGAGAAGCAGUCAGGGGACGUGGAGCUGGUGCUGGCCUACGCCGCGCCCGUCCUGGACAAGCGCCAGACCUCACGCCUCCUGAAGGAGGUGUCGGCCCUGCACCCGCUCCCCGCCCAGCCUCACCUCAAGCGGGUGCGGCCCAGCCGAGAUGCCGGCAGCCCCCACGCCCUGGAGCUGCUGCUUUGCCUGGCUGGGCCCGCCUCGGGCCCGCGCUCGCUGGCUGAGCUCCUGCCACGGCCGGCUGUGGACCCCCGCGGCCUGGGGCAGCCCUUCCUGGUGCCUGUGCCCGCUCGGCCGCCUCUGACCAGGGGCCAGUUCGAGGAGGCUCGGGCCCACUGGCCCACGUCCUUCCACGAGGACAAGCAGGUGACCAGCGCCCUGGCGGGGCGGCUCUUCUCCACGCAGGAGCGUGCCGCCAUGCAGAGCCACAUGGAGCGGGCGGUGUGGGCGGCCCGGCGGGCGGCGGCGCGGGGCUUGCGGGCCGUGGGCGCCGUGGUGGUGGACCCGGCCUCGGACCGCGUGCUGGCCACCGGCCACGACUGCAGCAGCGCGGACAACCCCCUCCUGCACGCCGUCAUGGUGUGCGUGGACCUUGUGGCGCACGGCCAGGGCCGCGGCACCUACGACUUCAGACCCUUCCCCGCCUGCUCCUUCGCCCCGGCCGCUGCCCUCCAGGCCGUCCGCGCAGGCGCCGUGCGUAAACUGGACGCAGAAGAGGACGGCCUCCCAUACGUGUGCACCGGCUAUGACCUGUACGUGACCCGGGAGCCCUGCGCCAUGUGCGCCAUGGGCCUGGUGCACUCACGCAUCCUGCGUGUCUUCUACGGCGCGUCCUCGCCCGACGGCGCCCUGGGCACCCGCUUCCGCAUCCACGCACGGCCCGACCUCAACCACCGCUUCCAGGUGUUCCGCGGGGUGCUGGAGGAGCAGUGCCGCUGGCUGGACCCUGACACGUAGGCGCCGCCCUCCUGCCUCCGGACCCUUCCCGCUCCUGGCCUUGGGUCGCCCAUCCUGGACUUCCGGGCCUCGAUUUCUCCCGCGCAAGCUUGUCCUUGGAUUUCAAGGACACAUACCGCCUCCAGCGGAGACCACGGAUGCUGCCUUCCGUGCGGAUCGAGCUUUCCUGGACUUGGUCAUUGGGGCGACCCCCGUGCCUGCGGUGCCCUUCUGUGGGGUGCCCUUGCUGCCUAUGUGUCCCCUCUGUCUCGCGGGCCAGGAAACUGCUCUGAUGGGAAAAUAAAAAGCCCAAAACCAA